AUGGCAGACAAAAAGGACAGCAAGACUCCUAGUAAAGGUGGUUUUAUAAAAAAGAAAGAGAAGAAAGUGGAGAAAGUAGAGAGUAAACCUGAAAAGGAGAAAGAAAAGAGCAAAAAUAAAGAUGAAAAGACGACAAAGAAACCAGAGAAGACCCCAGAAAAUCAACCAAAAAAUGAAGAGAUGCCUCAAGGGAAUGGGGAGAUACCAGAAGAAGCCAAAGGCCCAGUCAAAAAUGAGGAGUUUGAGCUAGAGCCGAUGGAGCUGCCGCCAUUUGAGAUCAUUGUAGGAGACCGAAUAAACCCAACCUUCUUCAAGUUCCAAUUUAAAAAUGUGGAGUACUCGUCCGGGCGCAACAAGACCUUCCUGUGCUACCAGGUCGACAUACAAGGUGGAGCAGCAGAGACGGAUGGCGUUCGUGGUUACCUGGAGGAUGAGCAUUCAGGCUCACAUGCCGAAGAGGCCUUCUUUCAACAGGUGCUGGCCUAUUAUGACAAGUCCCUCCGCUAUACAGUGACUUGGUACACAUCGUCCAGCCCUUGUGUGGCCUGCGCUGCUAAGCUUGUGGAGAUCUUGAAAGCACGCAAGGCGCUGCGCCUUAAUAUCCACUGCUCCCGUCUCUUUGAAUGGGAGGAACCGGAGAUACAGGCCGGACUUCAGGCGCUAGUUAGGGCAGGGUGUAAACUACGCAUGAUGAGGCCUGUGGAUUUCGUGUAUGUCUGGUCUACUUUCGUUGAGAACGAAGAAGAUAAUUUUACACCCUGGGAAGACUGUCAAGAUAACUUUGAGUAUUAUGAUGAGAGAUUGCAGGAUAUUUUAAAGUAG